GGACUAAAGAACGUUCUAUAGUUCGUUAACGCUAUGUGAAAUACCUACAAAUGUGUGAACUCAAUAGGAUAUGAGGGCAAGCGAUUUGAAUUGUUAGUUCACUGUCAUGUGAUAGAGGAACCCCGCGAAGAAGGAAGUAGUACAUAGAUCUACGAGGCUAUGAUAUUCGUCUUCAGGCAACCAAAGGCGGGGAUACAUUGCAGCUCAUAUCGCUGUGGCUUACUUUCCAAGCCUUUUGACUCUUGGAAAACGGAUUGCCGCCCCGUGGUGUAACACACCAUAUGCUGCGCGGCGUUCACGAUACUAAUCAUCUUGGGCGGCCUAAGAGUGUAGUUAGAAAGUCCUGUACGCAAGUCCGCCCCUCAAUUGUUUGCUGCCUUUAUGACUCUCUGAUUUCGCACCCAAAGAGUUCCCCCUAAGGAAUGAGUUAAUCUGUACUCUCCUCUAUCAUACUUUAAGAAAUUUGUUUUAUGUCUAGUACAUAAUGACUUACACUAAACAACACUACUACCAGACCCCCGGCCACGUAAUUGCCGCGGGGAUGGUUCUUUCAUUAGUGGAUAUCCUUGCGGUCAUGUUACGAUUUAUGAUGAGGAAGAAAGAGAGGCAACCGUUGAAGCCGGACGACUGGCUCUUACUCCCUGCUACAUUGCUGACGACAGGAGUUGGUAUUUGUUUGGUGUUUGGUGUGUCGCGAGAGGCGAUGGGAUAUCGAGAAUAUCCAACGUCGUUGGAAAAUCCAUCCGAAAUUGCCAUCUACCAAAUGUCUACCUCGAUCAAGCUUGAAUGGUCUAUCAGUCUGAUACUUCCCAUCGCCCUGGCUUGCACGAAAGUGAGCUUUCUUCUCUUCUAUAAGCGAAUAUUCUCUAUCAGUAGGAGAAUCAAUUGGGUACUCAAUGGCCUUAUCAUCUUCGUCGUCAUGUGGGCACUGGCGUUCUUCUUUGCCACUCUGUUCUGCUGCAGAGUUAUGCUACUUUUCAUCUGGAAACCUAUUUCGGAAAUGUCUGAAUGUAAAUUCUUUCUGGACGUAUUGAUGGCAUUUUGUAUCACUGGGUUUACUACUGAUCUUGCGAUUAUCGUUUUGCCUAUCCCAUUGAUUUGGCGCUUGAAGUUAUCUUCAGCUCAAAAAUAUACAGCCAGCGCAUCAUUCCUCCUUGGAUCAGUGACCGUUGCUUCUGCAUUGGCGCGCCUAAUAGUUUCUGUUGGCUUCGUUGCUGAGGCAGCAGAUCCUAGCAGUGAUAAUAUUCUGAACAUAACGUUGUACUGUUAUUGGGGAAUGGUUGAAUGCAGUGUAGGUGUUUUUGCCGCCUGCUUGCCAACCCUCCAGCUAUUUUUCCGUCGGAGGACUUGGCAAUCGGUCGCGAGUAGAACACGAAGUCUAUUCAGUAGCCGAUUACGAAGUGCCAGUUAUAGCGAAUAUAAGGACGGAAUCGCUAUCCAGGUCGACCGCAUGGUCGACGUUAUUAAGGAGAAGCGAGGUUCCUCUAAUCUGUUGGACGCCCCAAUUGCGGGUCAGGACCCCCUAAAGAAUAAUACAUACACGUAUACUAUGAAUCAACCGACAACAAUCAGAGAGACUAUUUAGAUUAGCCAACUCAUCCAGUUCAGGUAGUCUUCUGGUCAAAGCGAAAGGAGGUAUUCUCACACUCUCUAGGCUAUACCUUAAAAACAUUCGCAAAGUCGAACGACUGCUCGGAUAAUUUCACAACGGGUAUGGUAUGAGAAAUUAUUUUGACUUGAUUAGAGGGAGAAAGCAGCUUUAUUUUUAGUUCUAUUGUAUUCACCUCUAACAGAAUGCUGGUCUCCUAUUUUCUAUUCUAAAUGUCGAAUAAUUGUAGCAAAUAUUUUUGGUAACCCACGUAUGCUUUUCUCUAUUUGAGAAGACCAGAUUUCAAUAUGUGACACAACUCGGCGUUUCCAAUCCAGGGCCGCAAAGAACUACCCGAUCCCCGCUUCCUCAGUUUCAACUAUCGGCAGAAGCUCUUCGAUUGGAGUAUGAACGAAAAACUACUUAAGACAAUGAGCCAUUUGAUAACGAGGUGUCACAAGAGGAAUAUUAUGUGUCCAUCGGGGCUCAUUGAUAUAGCCUCUGAACCUUGGCGUCAGAAAAGAAUACCUCUUUCUAUCCACGCGCUUUCAUUCCCCUCUAUUGUAUGCUAGGCAAUUCUCCAUACUACAUGAAUAGACCGGCGUACGAAUCCUUGUAUCUUAGUAGCGGUAGAUCAAUCAUCUGCCUGUAAUCACAACCCCCUCUCUCAUAUCAAGUACU